UUAUGAACUGUCACUGUCAGUGUCAAAUAAUUAUCUUGUCGCAUGUACUAAUUUAAUUAAUAUUACAAUUUUUAAAUCAAUAAUUUUGCCUGUUUUGUUUUGGUUACAUCGUUAAAAGCCGUUAAUGUCUUCAAUGCUGUCUUGAACUGUCAUAGAACGACAGUUUUAUAUUUAAAAAUCUCUGGAAAUCUUAAUAAUUGUUUACCCCUGCAACUGUUCAUUGGUGUUACGAAAUUGUAACUAUUAUUUUAAUUUGGAACGAUAUGGAGGACCUAACGAAUGUUUACUUCUCGCCGCUGCCGGACUCGCCAUACGUGAAACCGUUCCGUUUCAACUACACACAGAAUGGGAUGGAGAAGACAUGGGACCUGCUGGAGGUUCACGACAGUGUAGCGAUUAUUGUGUUCAACGUGUCGAGGAACGUUAUGGUGUUUGUGAAACAGUUUCGUCCUGCCAUUUAUUACAACCGCAUUCCACCACAAGACAGACAAAACUCAAUUGACACUAAAAAGUACCCAGCAGAGCUAGGCAUAGCAUUAGAGAUGUGUGCCGGAAUAAUAGACAAACAGAAACCUGUAGAGGAGAUAGCUAAAGAGGAAGUGCUAGAGGAGUGUGGCUAUGACAUCCCGCUGGAGAAACUGCAAAGGAUUACAUCUUAUAGGUCUGGAGUGGGGGUGCAAGGUGCUCUGCAAACAUUAUUUUACUGUGAAGUUACUGACAAUAUGAAAACUGAACAAGGCGGCGGUAUAGAUGACGAGAUAAUAGAAGUGGUGGAGAAGACCAUCCCUGAAGUGGAGGCUAUGGUGCGCUCCCCGGGGCCCAUAUCGAGCCCCCCCAGCUGUCUGUUCGCGCUCAUGUGGUUCCUGCACUUCAAGGCGGACCAGUUCAGAACAUAGUCUAAUAUAUAUGUAGCAAAUAGCUUGAAACCAGUGGUGUGCACUUCAUAGAUGCAUAAACGCAAUGCAUACCCUGAGAAUUCCUCACGUACCUGUAUUGGAGGAGGAAUUUCUCAUUUUGUACAAUUUGUACCUAUAGUGCAUACCGUAGUUAAAAACUUUGUGCACGCCACUGCUUGAAACAUAUUGAGGGUAGUCUAAAUAUUAUUAAUUAUUUUAUUAUUUUGACAGACUUUUAAAAUGAAGUAAUUCCUCGCCUAGGUAUAGUCGAUCUGUUUCGGUUUGGAUUAGGGUUACAUUCCACUAAGCGACUAGAACGUAUUUUGGACUCCUGUAUACGUUCUACAAGCAAGGUUGUUGUGGUGUAGUAGCUUCACUAGUGAUACUAAUUUUGCCUUUUCACGUAAUGUGGGCUACUUUAAACAAUCGUAUUGUUCAGUUUAAUCGUCCGUGUGUAGGCACAAGUGAGACCUUUUGGCUGUAGUUUUUUCUAAUAUUCUGAUUUAUUUGUACAUCUAAUUCAAAUUUCAUUACAGUUACUUACAUAAACAGUUGAACAGAUAAAACUUUGCAGUUAAAACUGAAGGUAUAUAGCUCGCAUAAGGCUCACAACGACCAUCUCAGUAGGGUUGCAACUUUCACAUGGAACGGGACAAACUGUCGUCGUGAUCGCUUAGUGGAGCGUAGCAGUAUAUGGUAGUCAAGUGUUUGAUAGGUGUGUUGGUAUGUAAAACUGAAUGUGCGUAACGCUCCUUUAGUUUAUUUUUACAUACGUAAAAUCUGAAAAAGGAAUAGAUUGACUAUACAAUCAUACAAGUAUUUGUAUUUUUUUAGCAAAAAAAAAUUAAAUUAAAUUUUGUAUUUUUUAGCAAUAAAAUUUUUUUGAAGGCUAUGUUAAAAUUUGAAGGACUAAAUGGAUUUUUAAAUUGUUUACAUUCCACAAUCAACAUUAUGUGAAUGAUUGUUUAUCAGUGGAGAAUGAUAAACAGAAUGUUAUAAUGGAAACGUCCUAUAUGAAGUCCGUCAUAAAAUGUGCGUUGAAUUGUGAUGAAAAUAUUUGGCACCUCUUUAAAUUAGAGGAUUUUUUUCUAUUUUAUUGAUAUUUUGUUUAUAAUAACUAAAGACUUUGAUAAAUUUUGUCUAUCGCCUCAGUUUUUUUAAAUGACAGAAUUAUUGUCAUUAAUUAAUUAACAUUUUACAGAUUUUAAACUUAAUUAGAACAAAUUGAUCAACAUACCAGUACUAUUAUAAUUAAGGCAUACUAGCAAUAAAUACGUACGUUCGGAAACCUAAAAAUUAAUAAUAAUUAGCUAAUAUUAAUUUAUUUUUGAAUAUAUGUAAAAUACAAACUUAUCUAUUAAUUAUGUGAUAUUUGUAUGUUAUGUUACAUUAAAAUGUUAAAAUUUUAAUAUAUCAUUUUCUGAACUAAUA